GGAUUCCUGGUGAAAAUGAGCAGCGACAUCCUGCCCUUGGCUUUAAAGCUACCGCACAUUGACUACAUUGAAGAAGACUCGUCCAUUUUUGCCCAGGGCAUUCCAUGGAACUUGGAGCACAUCAUCCAGACGAAGCACGAAGCUGGGAAAUACACUCCACCCAACGAUGGAGCAAAAAUUACUGUUUACCUCAUGGACACCAGUGUUCAGGCGAGUCACAGAGAGAUCAAGGGGAGAGUGAUGGUAACAGACUUUAACAGUGUACCUGAAGAAGAUGGCAUCAGAAAUCACAGGCAGGCCAGCGAGUGUGAAAGCCAUGGAACACACAUAGCCGGAGUGGUGAGCGGACAAGACUCUGGUGUUGCACGUGGUGUCAGUAUAAAUACUGUGCGAGUACUAAACUGCCAAGGCAAAGGCACUGUGUCUAGUGCACUGGCAGGUCUGGAGUACAUCCGUGCAUCUUUGCAGGUUCAGCCCAUUAUCCCUGUGAUUGUACUGCUACCAUUUGUUGGGGGUUUCAGUCGCACUCUGAAUACUGCAUGUCGAGAGAUGGUACAGUCCGGCGUGGUCAUUAUAGCUGCAGCUGGAAAUUACCAGGAUGAUGCCUGCUUAUAUUCACCAGCCUCAGAACCAGAGGUGAUCACAGUGGGAGCAACCAACGCUGCUGAUCAGCUGCUGAGUUUGGGAAACACAGGCACCAACCUGGGUCGCUGUGUGAAUCUAUUUGCUCCAGGAAAAGACAUCAUAAGUGCCUCCAGUGACUGCCCUACCUGCUUCACCACCAAGAGUGGUACCUCACAAGCAGCGGCACUUGUUGCUGGUAUAGCUGCAGUGCUUCUAAAUGAGAAACCCAGUCUCAGCCCUGCUGAGGUUCUGCAGUUGCUUAAUUACCACUCAGUCCAGAGGGUGAUAAAUCCAAGCUUGCUUCCUGCUGAAUAUCGACUAACUACCCCAAACGUGGUGGUAGCCCUGCCCAAGACUACCACUACAGUCACAGGUGAGAUGCUGCUUUGUCGCUCCGUUUGGUCUAUCAGGUCAGGGGUUGGAAACUUUGGCACAGCAGUGGCUCGUUGUCGCCACGGUGAAGAGAUGUUUAGCUGUUCUAGCUACUCACCAAGUGGAGGGCGAUCUGGAGAAAGAGUAGAGAUACAGGAUGGACAAAACGUAUGUGUGGCCCACAGUGACAUUGAAGGAGGUGUGUAUGCAAUAGCCCGCUGCUGCACAGGAAACAGGGUGCAGUGCCAGGCCAGUGCCAGUGUCCAGGUCGGCAUGGAUGCAGUAUGCCCCAGCCUAGAGCAUCAACUUACAGGCUGCAGCUCUUACUUUAAAUCCAAAGUCACGACUGACUCCACACAACCUCUCAAUGCUAACCGUAAGGUGUGUCCAGCAAAAAAGGGUGGAACAUCACACGCCUCCUGUUGCCGUGCCCCCAAUCUUGAAUGUCGUCUGAUUGAACAUGGCUCCUCUGGAUUAAUGGAACAGGUGGAGGUGUCAUGUGAGGAGUCUUGGACACUAACAGGGUGUGAUACUCUGUCACAUGGUUCUGUCACACAUGGGGCAUACAUACGAGAAAACACCUGUGUAAUCCCAAAGUCCAAAGAGGAUGGAGAAGCUUCAGCCAUCGCCAUCUGCUGCAGGUUUCAGCCACCCCACCAGCAGAGCCACAAAAGGGGGCUGAAGCAAAACAGCUAAUAACUGUCCACAGACCAAUGGGUGCCUUCAUUUCUUUUAUUUCUUUUUUCUUUAUGUUGAUUCCUAGUUCCUUACUUCAAGAACAAGGAGAAAGGAAAGGUUAGAAAUGCUUGUUUACUAAGGCAUUAAUCAAAUUGUUAAUU